AUGCGUAGACCAAGGCUAGCACUAGCCAGUCUGGCCUGUCUGUUCGCUACCGCGACGGCGAGCAGUCUUCCCGUCGUGGUCUGGCACGGUCUGGGCGAUCGAUUUGACGCCAAGGGACUAACAUCUCUGGCCGACUACUUCAGAGAGAGCGUGCCGGAUCUGUUCGUCUACUUUGUCAGGCUGAGCGAUGACGGCUCACAAGACGCCAAGUCGUCCUUCUUCGGCAAUGCUGCUGUCCAAGUCGCCCAGGUGGCCCAAGAUCUCAGAUCACAGCCUGAGCUCGCCCGAGGGUUUCAUGGGAUCGGGUUCUCUCAGGGCGGCGUACUGCUGCGAGCCUAUGCAGAGGUGUUCAACGACCCGCCUGUGAAGAAUCUGAUCACGCUGGGGAGUCCCCAUAUGGGCGUGAGCGAGCUACCGCCUUGCCGACCGGGCGAUCUCGUCUGUCGCGCUUCAGAGUGGGCACUCCGAGCGGGCGUGUACACAGACUAUGCUCAGACGUCAGUCGUGCCCGCUCAGUACUUCCGCAACCAGGACGAUAUCGCGCCUUACUUGCGCAAGAACCUCUGGCUCAGGUUGAUCAAUAACGAACGAUGGGGAGACGGACAGGUAGGCGGCAGCGAGGAUUACUUGGACGAGCACGAGAGCGAAGGAGCAGACGAGUCCGAGCGCAACGCGACCUAUGCCGACAACCUGGCCAGUCUGAGCAACCUUGUCUUGAUCAGGUUCACAAAGGAUAUCACUGUCAUUCCUGCCGCUUCGACCCAGUUUGGUCUGCUCAACCUGACGAGCGAGCAAGGGCUGAGUAUUCCCAUGCACUCACUGCCGAUCUACAAAAGAGACUACAUCGGUCUACGUCGACUUGACCAGGCAGGUAAGAUACAAUUCGAGAGCUGUGUGGGCGCACACAUGGAGAUCGACCAAGCCUGUCUCGACCUCAUGCUCCACUGGAUCGAGCCCAGUUCAGCCAAGAAUGCAUUCGUCAUUCAGUCAUGA